AUGUUGUCCUCCCUGCGAGUAUCAAAGCAGGCAAGAUGGCGUCGAGCGGCAGGGAGUUAGGGAGUGUAUUUGAACACCACGUCCAGCGGGCGGUUUGCGACACGCGGGCCAAAUAUCGGGAGGGACGACGGCCUCGUGCUGUCAAGGUAUAUACAAUCAAUUUGGAAUCUCAGUACUUAUUAAUACAAGGAGUUCCUGCUGUGGGAGCCAUGAAGGAAUUAGUUGAGCGAUUCGCUUUAUAUGGUCCAAUUGAACAGUACAAUGCUCUAGAUGAAUACCCGGCAGAAGACUUUACUGAAGUUUAUCUUAUUAAAUUUAUGAACUUACAAAGUGCAAGGACAGCCAAGAGAAAAAUGGAUGAACAGAGUUUCUUCGGUGGAUUGCUUCAUGUGUGCUAUGCUCCAGAAUUUGAAACAGUUGAAGAAACUAGAAAAAAACUAGCAGUGCGAAAGGCAUAUGUAGUAAGAACUACUAAAAAUAAAGACCAUUAUGUGACAAAGAAGAAAUUGGUUACAGAGCAUAAAGACACAGAGGAUUUUAGACAAGACUUCCACUCAGAGAUGUCUGGAUUUUGUACAGCUGCUCUGAACACUUCUGCAGGGAACUCAAAUCCUUAUCUUCCAUAUUCCUGUGAAUUGCCUUUAUGUUAUUUCUCCUCAAAAUGUAUGUGUUCAUCUGGGAAGCAUUUAGACAGAACAUCAGACUCCUCUAAGGAUGGUAGAAACCAUGACAAAACAAUGGAGCAUUAUAACCACAAUGACUCUUUGCAGAAAACACAGAUAAACCCUUUUAAAAAAUCAGUGGACUGCCCUGGUGCACGAAAGGCUAUUAUUCCUUCAGAGGCAGUUGACAGAUUUAUGCCUAGGACAACACAACUGCAAGAGCGCAAGAGAAGACGAGAAGAUGAUCGUAAACUUGGAACUUUUCUUGAAACAAACCCAAGUAGUAAUGAGGUUAUGAUUGGACCUCUGUUACCAGACAUAUCUAAAGUGGAUAUGCAUGAUGACUCAUUGAAUACAACGGCAAAUUUAAUUCGGAAUAAACUUAAAGAGGUAAUUUCAUCUGUGCCAAAACUUCCAGAGGACAAGUCAAAAGAUAUGCAUACAAGUCAUCCACUAAAACAAAGAAGAAGAAUAUAGAGUACCAGCAGCAAAUUAGUAUUUUCUGGAAAGAGCAUUUAUUUUUUAUUUUUAGCCUGUCAUUUUAAUUCUUCAAGAGAUUUUACUGCUGGUAUUUUUUAAUGCACUCUUCUUUGUAAUUUCAUUCAAGCUAUUUAUCUCAGGUCAUUUCUUCUUUUUUUGAUCCAUACUUAAUGUUGCAAACUAUUCUUGUCAUUAUAACAUUACCUCUCAUGUGCAGUAAUUAUAUGUAAAUUAACUGAAGCAAAUAUGGAAACUUUACAAUAUAAAUAAAAAUAGGCAACCAGGAUCUGUUUCUAAUUA